AUGCUUUUGCACAUUGAAGGAAUGAAAGAUAUUCCAAAUUUGAUUAUGCUCGGUGCAACUAAUCGUCGAAAUAUUAUGGAUGUAGCAUUUUUACAUCGUAUACAAGGAAAAUGUUUUGUAGGUCGACCAUCGCCUAAAAUUCGCGAAAAGAUGCUUCUACCAUUACUACUUCAAGAUUCACGUGUAUUCAGCAGUCAACACAUUGACUUUCUUGUUCGAGGAACUACAAAUUUCAGUGGCGCUGCCGUAGCAAGUCUUCGAUCGGAUACUGUUGUCACUACCAAACAAACCGGUGGCAUUGCACGUGAGUAUAGCUGUCGGUUUAGUGCAGAAAUAUUCUCUAGUAUUUUUCGACAUUUUAUAACUGCAAACUCCAUCGACAAUUUAAAAGAGUAUUCUCUUCAAUUAGACCGACAUGUACCAUCUGGUCGGGUUCUUGUUGACUUAACUGAUCGGAAAUGCAUCAUUGAAUUGGCCAAUGAUAGCGUAUCACCUGAUUUACCUUUGUAG